CCUCGGUUCUUUUCGCUUGCAAAGCAUACAGACCCCUGUGGCUUCACCCUCCAUUAGAUCAACCUCUGACACAGAGGUAGGGAGCAAAAGACAGCCUUCAUUUUCAGAACAGCUUGCCACAGACUCCAUCUACCCUUUCCACUGGAGUAUUUACCAAGUCCUUGGCAGGCAUCUUCUUGUGCCAAUGGCUCCCAAGAAGAAAACCCCAAAGAAGAGCAAGGCAGUGAAGAGAGAGUGUCUUCUUAACCCCACAAUGGUAGAGGAUCCUUCCCUUGAUAUUGACCAGCAGCAGCAGUUGGAGGGGUUAUUUGAAAAUGGUUCUGAUGGGUUCCUGUGUACCGCUGUUGAAAUCAUAGAUCCAAGCCAUGGAAACAGCAUCUUGCAGGUGAUGAGUCACAUGCGCCAAGAGCAAUUACUUUGCGACCUCACAAUCACCACCAAAGCAAAGUCCUUCAGCGUUCACAAGCUGGUGAUGUCCUCCUGUAGUGAUUAUUUCAGAAAUCUGCUGACAACAGAUCCCCAUCUUCAACAAGUGGACCUCAAAGACAUCUCUUCCUUGGGUCUGUCCACUGCCAUAGCCUAUGCCUACACAGGGAAGCUGAGUCUUUCCCUCUACACCAUUGGCAGCACCAUUUCCACCGCCAGCCACCUGCAGAUGUAUGCUCUGCUCAACAUAUGCACCGACUUCCUCAUUCAGGAAAUGAAUGUGGAAAACUGGGUGUAUAUUGUCAAUAUGGCAGACACAUACAAUCUCAACCAAGUAAAGGAGGCUGCAAAAAAGUUCAUCAGAGAACACUUCUUGGAGUUCUCUGACACAGAACAGUUCAUGAAACUCACUUUUGAUCAACUUGAUGAACUUUUGAUGGAUGACAGCCUUCAGAUCACUGAUGAAGUGGUGGCCUUCCAGACCGCAAUGAAAUGGCUUGAAUUUGAUUCCAAGCGGUUCAAACACGCUGCGGAUCUCCUGAACAACAUUCGGUUUGGCACCAUCCCAGCUCAGGAUCUGAUCAACUACAUCCAACCUGUGCCAUGUAUGAUGCAGAACCCAGAAUGUCAUAAGCUGCUGGUAGAUGCUAUGAAUUACCACUUGUUGCCCUAUCAGCAAAAUGGCCUCCAGUCCAGAAGGACCAAGAUUCGAGGCAGCUACAAAGUGCUGAUCACAGUCGGCGGCCGUCCAUGCUCUACCGAAAAGGCCCUUAGCAAAGACAUAAACUACAGGGAUGAAGAGGGAAACUGGAAUAAGUUAACAGAGAUGCCAAACAAAUGCUUUAACCAGUGUGUCGUGGUGAUGGAUGGAUUUCUGUAUGUGGCAGGGGGAGAAGAUCAGAAUGAUGCCCGAAACCAAGCAAAACAUGCACUUAACAAUGUUUGCAGGUACGACCCACGUUUCAAAACUUGGCUGCACUUGGCUAGCAUGUCGCACAAGAGAACUCACUUCAGCCUCAGUGCUUUCAAUGGGCACCUGUAUGCUGUUGGGGGCCGCAAUGCCAAGGGGGCCCUGGUCUCUGUUGAGUGCUAUGUCCCUUCCACCAACAGCUGGCAUGCCAAAGCCAACAUGGAGUUGUCACGCUGCUGCCAUGCCAGUGUGGUCAUUGGCGGCAAAAUCUUGACCACCGGUGGCUAUGUGAACAAUGCCUACUCUCGCACCGUAUGCAGCUACAACCCUGCGGCAGACAUUUGGCAAGAUUGCUCUUGGCUAAGUAGCCCAAGAGGGUGGCACUGUGCUGCCACCUUAGGAGACUAUGCCUACGUCCUGGGAGGCAGCCAGCUGGGCCCCCGAGGCGAGAGGGUGGACGUGAUCCCUGUGGAACGCUACAACCCUAUGACAAACCAAUGGAGCUGCAUGGCCCCCUUGCCCAUAGGUCUGAGCAUGGCUGGGGUGGCUACUCUCGGUGGGCAAAUCUUGCUAGCAGGCGGUUGGAAUGAAAGUGGAAAGAAGUAUCAGAAGAGUGUCUUAGCCUACAACCCUGACCUGAAUGAAUGGACAGAGGAAGGGGAACUCUUGGAAGGCACCGUGGGGGUUUCCUGUUGUACUAUCGCUCUCCCCCAGUCAAGCACCCGGGGAUCGAGGGCCAGCUCAGUGGCCUCUGCAACUGUCAGUAUUUAAGGAUAGAAGGG